UUUGCGACAUUGUUAAUGUGAUCCGGCACACCGUUUCCUCCAAAGCGAGAGCUUAAACAAUUCAAUAACCAUAUCUUCAGGAAUCAUACAUGGUGUCGCUUUUACGAGCAUGUCCUGUGCGGCAAGUUUGUCAAAGCUCUCUAAGACGAGAUAGACAUGGAAGAUGCAAUUGACCUGGACCUCAGGCUCGAGAUCCAGCGACUUGCGAGGUGGUUCUUCUACAGCCACUUGCGGAUUCUCCUGUUCAUUAACCCGGCUUCCUCCGCAAACCUCUCGUGCUCGAUCGCUUGCUGUUGCCUGUUGCCUGUCGCUGUAGCUAGGCGCCGAGACAAGUCGGUAGCUCGAAGCGUUGGUUGCAUAUACUUGCAACAAUGGUGGAACUGACGGUGUCCGUGCUCCUCCUGGUCGCCGGCGUCGUGGCGAUGCUGGUGCUCCACAUCCUCAUCGUCGUCUGGGCGCUCCGGCGGGGCGUCGUCCUCCGCGCAGCGGCGUCGCGGCAGGACGAGGAGCGCGCGGAGGGGCUGUCUGCCGAGGACCUUAACGAGCUGCCGUGCCAUGCCCACGAGUGCAAGGCCGGCGCGGGCGCCGAGUGCGCGGUGUGCCUGGAGGCGUUCCAGGCGGGGGACCGCUGCCGGGUGCUGCCGCGGUGCGACCACGGCUUCCACGCGCAGUGCGUCGACCAGUGGCUACGCAAAAGCCGUGUGUGCCCCGUCUGCCGCGCCGAGGUCGGCGGCGGCGCAGACAGGGAGGGAAAUGCGGAACGGUAGCCAGCGAGCAUCUAGACUUCAAGAGCCAGAUCGUUGCUGCCUGAAUCCUUCCUGCUUGUGCAUAGUCGCAUAGAUACAUACAAGUUUGUAGUAGUUCUUGCAUUUGCAAAAUCAUCCUCUGCUGUGCUACAUGAUCCAGUCCACCCUUUGUAAUUAAUUAAGAAGCAGAUUUAAUUCAUUAUGUGUUGAUUUUGCGAGUUGAGAA